AUGAGGCAGCACAGGACUCUGGGCGUACUCAUCUUUGCCGCGAUCAUGUGGAUCUCAGAGGCAAUUCCCAUACCACUCACAGGUAUGAUGGUGGGGCCGCUCCUCUUUCUGCUGGACGUCUGUCGUCUCGGCCGCUCUCUCUCCGCUUACUUCAGCAAUGUGACGCUGGUACUUUUCGGAAGCUCCUUCAUCUCUAUCGCCAUGGAGCGACACGGCCUCGAUGCGCGCUUCGCAAAGGCCCUCACGAACUGCUCCUGGGUGGAGUCGAAGCCUACGAGGAUGCGCAUGGCCAUGAUGUUGGCUGGCUGU